AAACCGAGCACCGAUCCACCGCCAGGUCGAUCUCAGUCGCAACAAUGGCACGGUAUCGUGUGGUGAAGUAUUUGGUCUCGGCCCUCGCCUUUGCAGCCCUUUUGUCGCACGUUUGUCUGGCGGAAAACCCUUGUGCCGGUGGACCACCAGUCGAUACGAAUCCGGCCGAAUGCUGUCCAACACCGAUGAUCGUCGAUGGUUCGAUCAUGAUGGAUUGCUACAAGAUGUACGGUGAGCAGACGAAGAAGCAACUCCAGAUGGAAGGCAUACCGCGUGGUUGUUGUAUCGCCGAGUGUGCAAUGAACGCGACCAGCAUGUACGUCGAUGGAAUGCUAAAACGUGACGAUCUCGCAAAGAUGUUUAUGGAUGCUGUUAAGGGAAAACCGGAAUGGAUGGCCGUGGUACGGGAUGCCACGAAUGCUUGCUUCGAUCUUGCGGACCAAAAAAAGGAUGAAAUCGAAGCAGGAGCAAAGCUGGAACCGAGCUUCGAGGGUGAAAAGAUUUGCAAUCCGAUUUCCGGGACGGUGCUGCGUUGCAUGGGCAUGAUGAUGUUUGGUCAGUGUCCGGCGAGCGUGUUUGUGCAGAGCGAGAACUGCAGCAAAUUGCGCGAGUACGGUAGCAUGUGUCCGAUGAUUUGAACCAGUUUAAACACACAUCUGGCAUUAGUGGACACCGCGCGAUGUAACAUUUGAUAACAAAUAGAUGUUCUAGCACGUGCUCGAAAAGUGGCACGUUGUGGUUUGUGCAAUCUGUUGUUUU